UGUGAAUUCACUCUCAACUUCCCUCCUUUCACCUCCUCGCACUCCUUCGUCAAACGGUCCUCAUUUGUUACCAUACCUCUUCCCAAUGAGCCGACAUCUGGCAUAGCUACAUAAGGCACUGUUUCGUUGCCAUAUCAUGUCAGUAUUCAACAACACAGUCCCAGAGCACCGUGCACAAUCUCAUCCAUUCGACCACCCACCAUGAGUACCCCAUCUGUAGAGUACUUGUCAGCUCUUGAAGCUCGCGAUGCCCGCGAGCAGUCACACGCGCACUACAUUCAAAUCUUUACUCGAUUCGCCGAUCGGUCGGCAGCUUCCACGUACCCAUCAGUCUCGUCUGCUGGGGGAUCCGUACCCAUCUCCAGCUUACCUCUCAGACCCACUAGUUCAAAAAAGCAGUCGUAUGGACCCUUAGAUGCCACGGCACCUGACGCGACGUUCUCGACACCAUCCUCGGGAGAGGUUACUCAGAUCCGUGCUGAAUUGGCACAAACGCAGAAACUACGCAAUGAUUUAGAAACCAAAGUAUCGGAUCAGGGCGUGGAACUCGAGGGUUUGAGAUUAGCGGCGACCGAGCAGAAGAAGCGCAUUGCUCAAUUGGAGAAGACGAAGGAAUACUUGGAACAGAAAGUCAAAGACCGUGCGGAUGAGUUGCGGGGAAAAGGCAGAUUUGUCGAGGAGGUUCAGGAUGAGAUGGUGGCAAUGAAUUUACAGCUGAAUAUGGCAGAACAGGAGAAGGAGAAGCUGAGACUGGAGAACGAAGAGUUGACACGGAGAUGGAUGGCCAAGAUGGAGGCAGAAGCGCAUUCAAUGAACGAGAAAAUGGAUAAAGAAAUGGAAGGUAGGAAAGGCCGGUGAGCGUGAAUUACGAGCGUACAUACAUUGCAGCCAGUCAGCCACGACAUUUACGGACUGUGCUCAUUCAUCUCCCAGAACGAGACAGGCAUCUCAUAAAUACCUAGAUAGACACAGAGGUGAAUCAUAUAUCGUCUAACGUGCAUGUACCUGACUGAUGGAUCUGCCGUUACUAAAUCUAAAAAUUGAUACAAUACUCGAUAGGUAUCUAGGUAUUCAUAGCAUGAACCAAAGUACCUGACCUCAUGGCACUUA